AUGUUUGCUCUAGCUGUAGGUAAAUGCCUACUCCACUUUAGUAUCAAUCAGGCAAGGACACCAUGUAUAAAUAUAGCAGUUGCUAGGUUCAACUAUGAAGUUAUAAUGGCUAAAGGACUUACUGAUAAAGAGCUGGAACAAAUUAUUGAGUCUGAUGAGUUCUGGGAGGAUUUCGACGUGAAUAAUACUGCAUCAUCGUCAUCUUCCACUUACGAAUACAAUGAAAAUACUAUUGAAAAGGAGGAUAAACGUGAUGCAUGCGAGAAACUUUUUACGUUUGGGGACCAGAGCGAUCAAGAAGAGGAAGACGAAGAGGAACUAAGUACCCACGAUACGGACAGUGAGCAGGAAUGGCAGCCUUCCGACGAACAAAAUGAAGACGAAGAACAUUCAGCUAGUACCAGUAAUGAAGAUGUGAAUUUAAACAGAAAGGAAGUUCCAAAAGCUUUGUAUGGAAAAGAUAGAACAAAAUGGUCUACUACUGCUCCAGUAAGAGGAAAGACUCUUGCAAAAAACAUCAUAAAAGUUUUGCCCGGUUUGAAAGGAAAUGCAGCACAACACAAACCUCAAUCUGCCUUACAAGCCUGGAAGUUGCUUCUGACAGAUGAAAUAUUUGGACAAAUUAUAACUCAUACUAAUACAAAAAUCAGAUCAGUUCAAAGUCAUUAUGGAAAGUUCAAGAAGAAGAGCAAUAGCAGGUCGGAAUUUCGGCCUUCAUUUAUUGGUGAAACUAACAAAACAGAAAUUGAGGCAUUUGUUGGUCUUCUAUACUUCCUUGGGUUAUACAAGUCAGGCCAUGAAGAUUUAAGGUCCCUUUGGGCUACUGAUGGAACGGGACGUGACAUAUUUAGAUGCACGAUGUCACUUGCUAGGUUCUCCUUUCUCUUAUGCUGCCUUCGAUUUGACGACGAACUAACACGAAAAGAAAGAAUGAAAAAUACCAAACUAGCCGCUUUAGGAAAUCUUUUUGAAGAAUUUAUCGAAAACUGUAAAGGAAACUACUCACCCGGGGAAUACUUGACCGUAGAUGAGAUGUUGGUACCGUUUCGCGGACGCUGCAGUUUUAAGAUGUUUAUUCCAAGCAAGCCCGCUAAAUACGGUCUUAAACUUAUACGUGGGGCUGAACGAGGAAAUGACAGAAAUGGCGCCCAACAGGAGACUGUUGUAGAAUUCCCCAAAACGCAGAAAAGUACAGUAACAAAAAUGCCGUACAACGUCAAAAUGUUUCAAAGUUCCAUAAGAAACAGGGAGAGAGAUAGUAGCAAAAAUGGCGCCCAACUUGAGGUUCUUGUCAAACCUGUCAGGAGACGAUGUUGUAGAAUUCCUCAGGGACCAGAAAGUUCGACUGUGCCCUCGAUAGAAUACACAACACAUCGCCGACUGGCCAUUACAGCUCUAGGACUAAUCACUGUUGUUGGAAGGAAAAAACGGUCGACGAAAAAGUUUCCGAGUGUGUGA